CGGAGCUUUGGCUGUCUGCAGGUUUCGAAGCGACGAUGCAGCUUUCAAACUCGCUUCUACCUGUGCUCCAUUCACCCGUGCAAAUCAUUUGUCUUGUUUUUUUUCCUGCAAUUUAUUCAAAACGGCAUCAACGCAUUCGAAACCCGCAUCCAUCGUUUUAGAUUGAGUGCAUCUGGCAAUCGAAACAUGUUGGCAUGGACGAGGAUCACAUCAGCUGGACCGGCAGACGCGCAGAAAUGGGCAGAAUCUUUUACUGCUCUUCUCUCGUCUAAACAUGGAUCUUCUCUUUACCACAGUUUUUUGCGAGGCGAAUUCAGCAACGAAAACCUCGAGUUCUGGCUGGCCGUUGAAGACUACAAACAUUCAACGAAACCAAAAGACAUGGCGGCUAAAGCCCAGCAAAUCUACAAGGACUUUUUGACUGUCCAAGCCUCCAAGAAGCAACAAGUCAAUUUGGAUGCCGAGACGAGAGCCAUGACGCUGGCCAAUGUCCAAUCGGAUAGUCCUGACCAACACGCAUUCGAUCAGGCUCAGAGGAAGAUCCAGCACAUGAUGGAACGCGAUUCUUACCAGCGUUUUCUCAAGUCCGACCUCUUUCUCCAAGUAGUCAAUGCGAAAAACUGGAAAAGAUUGCUCUCAUUCUCUCCGUCUCUGCCUUAACUUCUCAUUCCCUAGCCUUUUCACUUGUUGCUAUUCAAUCAUUCGAUCGUCUUCUGCGCUUAAAGUGAUCCAAUUCGUGUAUGUAUUUGUCCAAUGUACCCUUACGGAAGGCACAUAAACCACAUUAUCUCUA